UUCAAUCAUGACUUUUCUUUCUGCUUUCAGAAAGAAUCUACAUUUUAAAACAAAACAGAGUCGUUUAAAACUCAAAUUCUCAUUCAAAUAGGACAUUAAACAACCCUCAGAUUAUUCUCAAAUGAAGCCUUGGCUCAUCGUGUGUAAAAUUCUAUGUUCUAAUCUGGUUUUAGGUUUAGGAAUAUGCAGAUUGGGUUAAUUUGAAAAGAGUGUCUGUAAUGCGCUCCUAAACUUGGAGAUGUGGCUGUGAAUGUUGUGGUGCUUCAACUCUGUGCUGUUGGUGGGGUGUCCCUGCAAGCUCAGGGAUUCCUGUGCACAUUAGCAGCAGCAUGAGUUCUGCUCAGGGGGUUGUGUGUGUGUGUGUAUUGUGUGUGUUUUUGCGUGCCUCUCUGCCUUCCUGUCCCUGUCCUCCGUCUGUGCCUCACGUUGUCCCGGCAUGGCAGCAUGAUGGCUGCACCGCGGACUCUCUUUUGGCUCCUUUCUGGUUCUCUCCUGGGAUGUGGGGGUCUGACUCCCCCUCAAGCCCACAGCCCGCCACCUUCGGCGGGCGUCAACAGCAGUCUGCAUGCGGAUGCUCCCACGGCUCUGCGGGUGUUCAGCGUGGACUACCACCACGUCCAGGCUCCCUUUGAAAUCGUGCUGUGGAUCAUGCUGGCCUCCCUGGCCAAGCUGGGUUUCCAUUGGUCAGGUCGGGUCCCAGCCGUCGUGCCGGAGAGCUGUGUCCUCAUCAUGGUGGGCCUUCUUGUUGGAGGGGUCAUCUACGGCGUUCGACACUCCGCUCCUCCAACUCUGAGUGCAGACUCCUUCUUCCUCUUCCUGCUGCCGCCCAUCGUCUUGGACGCAGGAUACUUCCUUCCCGGGAGGCUCUUCUUUGAAAACCUCGGAACCAUCCUUUGGUACGCAGUGCUGGGAACCUUCUGGAACGUGCUGGGCAUCGGCCUGUCUCUGUACGGCGUUUGCCUCCUGGCGCCGUCGUCUCUGGGGGACAUCUCUCUGCUCCACUGCCUGCUGUUCGGCUCCCUAAUCGCCGCCGUCGACCCGGUGGCCGUGCUCUCCGUCUACCAAGAGAUGCAAGUCAAUGAGCAGCUGCACAUCCUGGUGUUUGGGGAGUCACUGCUCAAUGACGCGGUCACUGUGGUGCUGUAUAAGCUCUUUGAGUCCUUCCUGCGCCUGCCGUCGGUGUCGGGGCUGGACGUGUUGCUGGGGAUGUGCAGGGUGGUGGUGGUGGGGCUGGGAGGUCUGUUUCUGGGCCUCUUCUUCGGCCUGUUGGCGGCCCUCACCUCACGCUUCACCUCCAGAGCCCAGGUCAUCGCUCCGCUCUUCGUCUUCCUCUAUUCCUACUUGUCUUACUUGACUUCCGAGAUGCUUCACCUCUCUGGAAUCACGGCGAUCGUGACUUGUGCCGUCACCAUGAAACAGUACGUGGAAGCUAAUGUUUCGGAGCACAGCAACACCAGCAUCCAGUACUUCCUGAAGAUGUGGAGCAGCGUGAGCGAAACUUUGAUCUUCAUCUUCCUCGGCGUGUCCACCAUCCAGGACGUGCACAUGUGGAGCUGGCCCUUCGUCUGCUCCACGCUGCUGCUCUGUCUCUUCUGGAGGGCAACAGGUGUCCUCCUGCUGACUCCUGUUGUGAACAAGCUGAGGAGGAAUGCUGUGACCUUCAGAGACCAGUUUAUCAUCGCUUACGGCGGUCUGAGAGGGGCCAUCUGCUUCUCCCUCGUCUUCCUGAUCGACGACUUCCCGAAGAAAAGGCUCUUCAUCACAACGACGAUUGUGGUCAUCCUCUUCACCGUCUUUGUGCAGGGGAUGACCAUAAAGCCGCUGGUGGAGCUGCUGGAUGUGAAGAGGAAGAAGAAAACUCUGCCGACAGUCAGCGAGGAGAUCCACACCAGAUUCAUGGAUCACCUGAUGGCAGGGAUGGAAGAUGUGGUUGGUUACUGGGGUCAACACUUCUGGAAGGAUAAGUUCGAACAGUUCAAUAAGAAGUACCUCAGGCGCUUCCUGAUCCGGGAGGACCAGCAGGCUCACUCCAUCCUCAGAGUCUACCAGGAGCUGGAGAGGAGGGGGCAGAGAGGAGACGACGGAGCCCCCUCAGUGGUCGACCCCUGUCCUCCGAGUCGCCCCCUGCUGCCAGAGGAGAUGGACAGCAUCAGGCGGAUCCUUUCCAGAAACCUUCACAGCUUUAACAAGAAGCAAACACGAGCUUAUAGCAGACACAGCCUGCACCAAGAUGUCCCCACCAACCGGGCGAGGAAGCCUCUUCACAGGCACCAGAGCGUUGGAGGGAGAUACACCUGCAACGCAACCACACCGCAGGAGGACGAUGAAAGGCUCUGUGAUUCUCUCAGAGGAAGAGCGGGACUCAGCCGAUCUCACACAGUGUGCUCCAGAAGCUCAAGGCGGACCCUCUCUGACUCUUUGGCCUCCACCGAAUCGCAGACUCAAAGUCAGCCUGAAAACCCAAAACCUGAACCGGAUCGGACCUCUUCAGACCAGCAGGAGAAAGCCCCGAAGAAACACCUCAGCUUUAACCUGGAGAACGAGAAGCAGCAGUAGAGAUGCAAUCAAAUGAAAGAUUGUUUGACUUGGAGUGUUUCACCAAAACAAUAAAGUCAUUGAUGCUUUGUUUCACCUGGA